CUGUCUUGUUUUAUAGUUGAAAGUCUCAAGAAAGGAAGAAAAUGGUGUUUGUUUGUAUAUUGAUACGAACAAAAACGAAGGUAUUAAAGCCGUGGUAUGGACGUAGCGUACUGGAUGCAAAGAUUUCGUUCACAGAUGUUUUCGUCUCAUUUGCGAGUGGAGUUUUUGAGGAAGGGGACCCCAUUGGCGACCAGUAUGAAACUACGCAGUGUGGAGAAUGCCUCAAGUGGAGAGUGUGCUAUGCAGCACGAGUUCUAAAAUCUGAGCAAAGGCGGCAACUAGAGCGGGAACUGGAAUUGUUGGCCUUCUCUUGUGGCACAUGCUUUCAAGAUGUUUCUACUGAUGGUGAUGAAGAGUCUGUCUUCAAUGUAGUCUACGUCAACGAUAAACUCACCUGUGACUUGCCAAUAGAAGCACCAUACUAUGUUACUUUUGACGACCCUCUGUGCUUUUUUUGUGGAAGUGAACACGAUCUUAUCACUGGGGAUGGGAACUACCCUCUGUGUAAUGAGUGUAGAGAUGCAGGCAAGAAACCUCACAAGAAGAACACUUGGGCCUUUAAUCCUCGACCACAGUAGGUCAUUUUACUGCAUUCCUUCAGCAAGGAAAGAACCAAGUGUUGUAUGAUCUUUUAACACUUAAAGUUUUACUUUUCAAAUCUGGUUCACAAUGUUUGGAAUAUUAAAAAAAGAGCACAGAACACAGAUUGGAACCUCAAGUUCAAUUUAGUUCUAUUUUUUAACGUUAAAUUGAUUUUUGCCUGCAUCUCCACAGUUUUAAGAAAUAGAUUACGUUUUAUCCGAAAGCAUACUUGGUGGUAGUAAGCAUCCAGCAAAAUUAUUUUGUCUAGUUCCCCUGUUGAUAAAAAACACUAACAAAUUAUGUAGAAAACUUUGAAUCUCCAAAAUUGCCUGCAGGCGUUUUUGAGAAAUUUCCAUGGUGUCCGUUGGAAUGCUGCCCUCAAUACAGCCAGAGAUGAGGUUGGUACCCAUUGUCAGCUCGUUGAACGUGGAUGCAUUUGAUGGAAAAACCGUGACAGUUUUUUGCAGUUUACUCAAUAAGUAGGCACUGCAUUUUUCAACUCAAACUUUCACUUAUGAGUUUUAUUUGAUGCAUCUUUCUUGAUAAUCUUGCCUUUUAAUUUGCAAUUACGUUGACAAAAAACAAAUAAAACCACUGUAAACGUGUUCAA